AUGCAGUGGCGCUCAGAUAAAGAGCGUCACUAUUGGUCUAGUCCCAUGGGGCCGAGGGCAAAAGGCAGCUUCAGCAAAGCCUCCUCCUACCUGCUCCAGCAGCUCAUUCACCGCCACCAGGACUGGGACGCGCACGGAGGCGACUUGGAAUCCUCAGAGUCCUCAGAGUCCGAAAUGCUGAACGUGGAGGAGGAAUUUGAUGGAGUCCUGAGAGAAGAGGCUGUGGCUGAGGCACUCCAUAAAUUGGGGCGCUCAGGCCCUGGGACUGAGCAAGUCUACCUCAACCUAAAUUUAUCAGGUUGUGAUCUAAUCGACAUUAGCAUUCUGUGUACAUAUGUUCACCUACAGAAGUUGGAUCUUUCAGUGAAUAAAAUUGAAGAUUUGUCUUGUGUGAGUAGCAUGCCUUAUCUUCUAGAACUUAAUGCUUCUCAAAAUAAAUUGACUACAUUUUUUGAUUUCAAGCCACCCAAAAAUCUCAAGAAGGUGGAUUUUUCCUUCAACCAAAUUUCUGAAAUGUGUGAUCUGUCGGCAUACAAUACUCUCACUAAACUAAUUUUGGACAACAAUGAGAUAGAAGAAAUCAGGGGACUGGAGAGGUGCAGCAAUCUAACACACCUUAGUUUGGCCAACAACAAGAUCACAACAAUUAAUGGUUUAAACUCAUUACCAAUCAAAAUACUUCGCUUGAGCAAUAAUGAGAUUGAGAAGAUCACAGGUUUAGAAGAUCUGAAAACCCUGCAGAACCUGGAUCUGUCUCACAAUAAGAUAAGUAGCCUUCAGGGCUUAGAGAAUCAUGACCUCCUGGAAAUGAUCAACCUCGAGGAUAACAAGAUCACUGAGCUGAGUGAGAUAAAAUACAUUGAAAAUCUUCCUAUCCUUAGAAUUCUCAAUCUUCUGAGAAAUCCAAUUCAGGAAAAAUCCGAGUACUGGUUCUUCGUAAUAUUUAUGCUACUGAGAUUAACAGAAUUAGAUCAGAAGAAGAUUAAAGUGGAAGAAAAGGUUUCAGCAGUGAAUAAAUAUGACCCUCCCCCUGAAGUUGUGGCAUCCCAAGAUCACCUGACCCAUGUUGUCAACAGCAUGAUGCAGCCGCAGAGGAUCUUUGACAGCACCCUCCCCAGUCUGGAUGCCCCUUAUCCCAUGUUGGUACUAGCUGGACCUCAAGCUUGUGGGAAACGAGAACUUGCCCACCGCCUCUGCAGACAGUUUAAUACAUACUUCAGAUAUGGAGCCUGUCACACCACAAGACCACCUUACUUUGGAGAAGGGGAUCGAGUUGAUUAUCAUUUUAUCUCUCAAGAGGUUUUUGAUGAAAUGCUAAACAUGGGGAAAUUCAUUCUAACAUUUAAUUAUGGUAAUCACAAUUAUGGAUUAAACAGGGACACUGUAGAAGGUAUUGCAAGAGAUGGAUUAGCAAGCUGUAUUCAUAUGGAAAUAGAAGGUGUAAGAAGUUUGAAAUAUUCCUAUUUUGAGCCACGAUAUAUCUUGGUGGUACCUGUGAAUAAGGAAAAAUAUGAGGGAUACUUACGGAGAAAAGGGUUAUUCAGUCGUGCAGAAAUUGAAUUUGCUGUCUCUAGAGUGGACCUUUAUGUUAAAAUUAAUCAGAAAUUUCCAGGAUAUUUUGAUGCAGUAAUCAAUGCAGAUGAUCUGGAUGUUGCCUACCAAAAGCUGAGUCAGCUCAUUAGAGAAUACCUGGGAUUGACUGAAGAACCUACUAAGAGUUUGGCUCCAACUGCAGAUGUUACUACAUCUCAUCUAAUAUCUGAAGGACAUCCUAAGAAGUCUGUUGCUGUGGAUGUGGGUGAUUUCCUGGAUUCUACGAACAGAAACUACUUUGUUAAAUUAUGGGCCAAACUUUCAGCCAAAAAAACACCAGUGGUAAGGGAGGGAUAGAGGAUAAAGAGACAACUAAGCUUUAUACAAUGUCAGGCCAAAAGAGGCUUUUAUAUUUGA